AUGUUCUUCCUUGUCCUUAGCACAUCUAAAGAUUAGAUUAGAUAUUUUAACCUAAAGUUUAUGUACAAUUUAAUCAACUUCCCCUAAUUAAUCCCAUAUUAAUCCCCCCCAUUUCACUCUCUCCUUAAUCCCACUUUUCAAAACCUUCCCGGCCACUAUCACAAACCCCAUAUAAAAGAUUUGCAUGAAUUUUACUUUUCAAAAAUUGGGAAACUAUGAAGGAGGAAAAGAAUAGUAAUGAAUUAUUUGUUCUUCCUUUGGAUAAUUUUCCAUCAAGAAAUUCAUCUAUGAGUCGUUCCUCUAGAUUCUACUAUAGAAGAACUACUGAAGGUGUUCCAUUCCAAUGGGAGAUGCAACCGGGAACUCCCAAGAAUAAUCCCCCACUCACGGAGGUGAUUCUGCCGCCGAUCAGCCCUCCCCCGGCGGUGCUCAGCCUUGGUUUAUCGAAGCCGGUGAGGGCUGUUCAGAAUAAACAACCAUUGUUUGUGUUAUUUGGGCCGUGGAGGAAGCAGCCCAAGCCCAAGCCCAAGAAGAAUCCCUGUCCGUUGGAUCUUAAUAAUAAAAACGAGCGGCUGAGAUUUGACUCAUGUGGGUCCCAGUGUGAGUUAAUGGCUGAAUCUUCAUGCAAAGGAAAAUCUGCACCGGCGGGGGGAUCUUCCGGUCACUGGCGGCUGGGAUGCGGUCCGUGGAGGAUCAACCCCAUUAAAAUAGGUAUGGGAAGGCGAGUUUAGUUUCGUGAUAUUCUCUCCUUUGUUUGUUUGUAUGUAGGUUUUGUAAAUGAAUAAACAAAUAAAUAAAUAUUUUCCUCUUUUUCUCUC